UUCUUCUUUCUUCGGUACAGAUACAAAUAUAACCUACAACACGCAGUAAUCUCUUACUCUUUAAAGUACCAGAAAGAUAGUCUUGAAUCAAAAGCCGACAGCGGCUGGAAAAGCGGGGCGCCAUGGGGUGGGGUGGGGGGAGGAGAAAUCACGUGAUAGGAGAAGAAAACGCGGUAGCAGAGCGAGGAGGCACAGCAGUGUCAGGAGGGAAGGUGCCAGGGAGGAAGGCGCUCCGCAAGCAACAGUCGCACUUAAAGGAGGCGGAGCUGAGACUCCGAAGUUGGUUCUUCUCCGCGAUCCCGUCGGCGGAAAAAAAAAAACCCAGCCACCCCGAGCGCGAAGGAGCAGAGACGAAAGAGGGAGAUCCCGGGAGCGCUGCAAUUUUAGGCUCGGGGUUGUUGUUUUUUUGGGGUAGUUUUUUUUUUUUUUUAGUGCCCCGCAGGCGGGCAGAGGAAGGGGUCGCAGCCAUGCCUCACCACGGCGGGUCUCGGGCGGCGCGGCUCUGGUGAGCGCUCCUAUGGGGGAUCCCCCCGAUUAGCAGCGGGCGCCCCCCCCUCCCUCCCGAUCGCCGAGGUCCCGUGCCCCGAUGGAGCCGGCAGAAAAGAAGAUCUCGGUGUGGAUUUGCCAAGAGGAGAAGUUAAUCUCGGGCCUCACCAAACGCACCACUUGCUCGGAUGUGGUGCGGGUCCUUUUGGAGGAGAGCAAGCAGCGGCGCAGACGUCGGCAACAGCAGCAGCAGGCAUCGCUGCAGGAGUGCGGCGGGGGGAUGUUGUCGGGGCUCCCGCAGUCUUACUGCAUCGUGGAGAAGUGGCGGGGCUUUGAGAGGAUCCUGCCCAACAAGACCAAGAUCCUGAGGCUCUGGGCGGCCUGGGGCGACGAGCAGGAGAACGUGCGCUUCGUGCUGGUGCGCAGCGAGGCGUCCUUGCCCAACACCGGACCCAGGAGCGCCGAGGCCAGGGUGGUGCCCAGCAGGGACAGCCCGGGAUGCCGUGGCUUGGGGGUUACAGCCCGGGCUAGCCUGGCUUUGAGCCAGGAACGGCAGAGGCGCGUGGUGAGGAAAGCCUUCCGCAAGCUGGCCAAGAUCAACAAGAGGAAGGGGCAGCCGCAGCUCGAAGAGCCGCCGGCCAAGGAAGCCCCGGCGGGCGAAAGGAUGGAGACUCUGGUGCAUCUGGUCCUUUCGCAGGACCACACCAUCCGGCAGCAGAUCAAGCGGCUCCGCGACUUAGACCGGGAGAUCGACCGCUACGAGGCGAGGAUUCAUUUCGACCGCAUGAAACGCCACGGGGUGAACUACGUGCAGGACACUUACUUGGUCGGAGAAGAGCCGGAGCCCCCCGCGGGAGAGCAGGAGCUGAAGUCUCCCGCAGGGGCGGCCCCAACAACGGCGGCGGGGGAAUUAGAGGAGCCGUCGUCCGGCAGCGAGGACUUGGAGGAGUACGCGUGGAAGUGCGAGCAGGUGGCUCGGGUGCAGGAGCAGUGGCGCCGCCAGGAGGAGCUGAUCGAGCAUUUGGCCGGCGAGAUCCAGGAGGAGCUCAACGAGCGCUGGAUGAGGCGGCGCCGGGAAGAACUGGCGGCCGCCAAGGGCUCCAGCGCCAGCCUCUCCGAGACGGACUGCAACACUACCGAGCUGAGCGGCGGCGGCGGCGGCGGCGGCGGCGAGCUCCACGUGGAGCAGGAGCGCGUCAAGACGCAGCUGAGCACCAGCCUCUACAUCGGGCUGCGCCUCAACACGGAUUUGGACGCCGUGAAGUCGGACCUGGAAUUUACGCAGCGCGCCUGGGCCGAUAAAGAGCGGGAGCUCCAGCGCCUGCUCGAUUCCCUGGAGUCCUUACACGUGGAGGGGGAGGAGGAGGAGGAGGAGGGAGAGGAAACGGCGGUGGCGGACGAGGACGAGCGACGGGACCUCCCUUUCAACCCGGGCGACGAGCUGCCCGCCUCGAUCCCGAUCACCUCGGGAGAUUGGGGUGAGGAAGCCGCCCGGAGUUUGAGCAAAGACCGCGAGGACCGUGAAGACGAGGAUUCCGACACGGGCUUGAGCUCUAUGCACAGUCAGGACUCGGACUCGGUGCCCGUGUGCGAAUCCCUCGUGUAGCAGCUUCCUCCCGCCUCUCUCUCCCCUCCCGGUCUUUUUUCUUCACUUCAUCUCAGGGACUGCAAAGUUGUGUCCCCCCGCCCUUUUUUUUUUUUGGACCUUCAGUGCACAAAUUUCCAUUGGCGCAAAAUGUUUGGAUUAAGAAUUCCUGCUUUUCCUCCCGUUUCUGAUCACACGUGCGUUGCAACACAUUGUAAUAAUGCAGGAUCCGAUCUGGGUCGGUCACCGGGACCAUGAUGGUGGUUCAUUAGCAGGCCAUUUCUGUUCAAAUCAUUAAAUCCUGGAAAAUAUAUAUAUAUAUUUGUACAAACAAGCUAGUUUUCUCCAUAAUUUUUUUAAAAAGGUAUUCCUUGUUUUGUUUAUUUCAAACUUUUCAAAUGAAGAAAAGCUGCCGUUUUUAAUAUUUAAUUCUCUGAGGAAAUACUGUUGGGGGAAGUAUAUGAUAUUGUGUAUAUAAAACAAAGCACCCACCAUCUACACUGAGGGUUUGACACUGAAACUUGCUGAAACUAGUCAAGAAUGGGAGAUUUUGCUCUUGCUUUCUCACUCUUUUAACUGCAAGUUUAAAAAAAAAGGAUUGUUGGCAAAUCUCUGAAAUUUACUUUUCAUUUUUUUGUUCUUUUACAUCUGAGAUAUUUAUUUUUGAAUGGCUUUUUAACCCUUACAUUCAUAAUUGCAAAUACAAGACAGUGUGCUUUAGAACAGGGGUCUCCAAUCUUGGUCCCUUUAAGACUUGUGGACUUCAACUCCCAGAGUUCCUCAGCCAGCUUUGCUGAAGCUGAAGUCCACAAGUCUUAAAGGGACCAAGGUUGGAGACCCCUGCUUUAGAAGUGUUAUUUGUUAAUUUGCUUUCUAAUUCAGGAAUUUUCUAAUUCCUUGGUUCUUUCCCACUAUAAAGACAUCUGUCUGAUAAAACAUAGCUGUAAUUUGCUCUGAAAGAAUUACAGUAAUUUGAGCCUCUGAUCAAAAUGAAACAUAGAUGGAAGACACAGUAGCAGGAAUUGGGAUGAUUAAAAACUUGUGCUCAGGAAUGCCUGCUGUCAGCGUGUUUGGAAUAGAUGCCAAAAAAUGUCUUAAGUAACAAAUUUAUGUCUCCGAUGCAAAAAAAUCUCUUAUGCACAGGUGUUCAUGGGAAUAAUCCAGGUUUUUGUGGGGAGGUGGGCAGGGUUAUUUAAAUGCCAACAAUGAAUCAUAGGAAGUAAAUAGGAAUCAUAGCAGUUACUGCUUGUUCGGUUGUGUUCCUUAGAAAAUGAGGAAUGAAAUGCAGGAGACCUGAGUUAAUUUGCUCACAACACAUUAACAGUGUAAACCUGCAUGACGGAAUGCUGGUUGAGUGAGACUUUACAUUGUAAUUAGAUUGCACUGAAACUUUAAAAGUGACAUGUGCUUUAAUGCUUCUAGUAUGCUUGAUUUGCAGAUUUAUAGAAGCAGUAUGCCGUGUGUUACGAAUAAGAUUGAAUUUGUCUAAUUAUGCUAAAGUCAGCAUUGGGUGAGAGCCAUUCUACAAAGCCAGCUGAGGUGCCUUGUUUGUUGCUAGUUUUGAGCAAAGUUUUGGUGGCUAGAAGACUAGUCUAAAGGGCAACAUCUCCCAAAUUGAUAGGUCUAUAUAUUUUAUUAAACUUUCAAAAGGAAAUAAGGCUUAAAGACCAUUUUAACUCCUACCCUGUUUUAAAAUGUCAAAUUUGAUAAUGAAUGGAAUGAAUUUCACUGGUGGGAAUGAUGGAGGCAGAAGGAAUGUGAAGAAACAAGAACAAAUUAACCCUUUCUUGUGCGCGCACACACACACACUCAACACCAUCUCAAGGCUAGCGGGGCUAUUACAAUCUUUUAUAA